CGCGAAAACAGACGCGCGAACAUGAGCCCGCGCCCGAACAAGUGCAGCAGGAUUAUAUGUGCAAAUCUAUUGUGUACCGUUACAUUGUUGUCGGCCAGAAGGUCGACAACAGAGGGGUUAAUAUGCUACGGUGCACCUUCUGCAAUAAGGUGUUUCAGGGAACCCAAUUCUACGCAACGAAACACUUCACCCAGCAGAAUUAUUGCAAGAAGGUGUCCGAUGAUGCAUUGUACCAGAUUGCGCAGAAAUGCACACACAGCUUCGAGGCCGAUCAGGUAGAGAGGGUGCGGCGGUUCGCACACGAGUGUGGUCUCGAUGUCCCGCGGUCGGGUGCGAUGGGUGGCGAGGCGGAGCGUCUUGCACAGGGCGUGGGCGAGGGAGAGGAUACCGAGCGUUAUGUGGAGGGAGGUGUUGCGAGAUAUGGGGAGGGUGCGGGUGCCGCGGAGGAGGACGAGGCACACAUUGACCUUGAGGUUGGCGUGGCCGAGGGGGAGCGGACACCGAGGGGAGAGGGGGGCGUGCCGAAGUCCGAUCCGAUGGCUCAUCAGAGGGCGGUGGACUGGGAGCGGAGGUGCGGGAAGAAGGCCGUCCCGCCUGAGACGACAUGCACGCCGAGUUCUUCGAAGAGUGUUGUUCGUGAUAGAGCAAGCACGUCGGGUUCUUCGAAGAGGAAGGAGGGGGGUGCGCAGUUUUCUAGCACCAGUGCAGGGAAGAGGCUGCGGCAACAGAAAAUGACGGACACGUAUGGUGGUGAGUGGAUUGGUGAGUGGAGGAAGGCAUUCUUUCGCUGGGUGUAUUCCAGCGGGAUUGCCUUCAAUGCCUUCCGCAACACACCGUACCGGGACCUCCAGCAGGUUGCUCUUCGGCAACCUGGUGGAGCACCUCUUCCCGUGCUUCCAUCCCACUGUGAGAUCGCAGACAUGCGAACUGUGGAGAUCCACCGCGAGCAGUUGGCGGAGGAGUUGGAGGAGGUUAGGCAGCCAUUAUGGGUGAGUGGCGCCACCCUCCUCUCUGACGGGAGGAAGUCACGAGAUGGGCGACCGAUCGUGAACUUCCUCGCAGUUGGGGCUCGAGGGGUCGUCAUGUACACAACGAUCAACCGAGAGGGGGAGCCGGACGAUGCGGUGCACGUCCUGCAGAGAUGGGUCGCCAUCUUUCAUGAUUUCAGAUUCGGUGGCCCACAGCGGGUCAAUGCUAUAUGCACUUACUCCGUCUCUGCAUACGUGGGGGAUGCGAGGGUUCUAGCCUCGCCAUCUAUGCCCCCUGAGCUGAGGAGGAUCACUUGGCUCYCGUGUUGCGUCCAUGUCUGCAACAAGUUAAUGUCAUACAUUGGCACGAUCUGCACCUCUUUCGUGGACACGAUCACGCGUGCCCGAGUUCUAAUGGUGUUUUUCAAAACCCACCAGGCCGCUCUCAGCUUCUUUCCGGAGCGGAGUGCGAUGUUGGGCCUCGUGCUUUCAUGCGAGAUGCGCUUUGCGUCCGUGUACUCCAUGUUGGAGAGGUUGCUCGCUCUGCAGGAUCGUUUGCAGGGCAUGAUGACAGCGGAGGACGCUUCCGCUCCGCCCGCUCCCGUUCGGCAUGACGAGCGCUCACCUGCACCGGUUGAGAGGGAGGACUUGGGAUCCUCGUUGCGCAGCCGCGGGCAUGGAUCAUUGUUUAGCGUAGCCCGUCAGCUCGUUUUGGACCCGGGUGCAUCGAGCAACUUGGGGGAGAUGGGUGUUCAUAGCGGGGCACCACCGGUGGAGGAGAAAGAGAGACGAGCAGAGGAGCACGGAGCCGCCAGAGCGGGCGGAGUUGAGGGUAUUUGGGGUACGGAGGAGGAGGUAGCUGGAGUAGUGGGGGGCGUGGUGGAGGUAGAUGAUGGUGCGCACGUCGAGAGAGAGGAGGGCGUGCUGCCAUCGGAGGUUGAGAGAGAGGACGAUGUGGUGAGGAUGCAGGAGGCGACGAUGAGGGACGAUGAGGGAGAGGAGGUUGUGGCAGGGGUAGACGAGAGCGUGGCUGGGGUAGAUGAUGGUGCUGCCCAGGUUGAGAUGGAAGAGGAUGUGAUGACGACGACGAUGCGGCCAGUUCGACCGUGUGUGCAGGGGUCAGGUUCUGGGGAGGAGGCAUUUGUUCAGGUACCACCGGUCAUAGUCGUAGAUUUAGGAUCUGAGGCAGUUCUUCAUACAGCGGUUACUGGGCGGCGAGCUCCUCAGGAUACAGCUCGCCCAUUGGAUUUCGUGGAGCUCGCACGGGCUGCUGUGCGUGACGUGACGCGGCGGGAGGACACCGACCCUAGCAGACCACUUAUGCCUCCUCCUCCUCCGAGAUCACGUCACAGCGAUUCCCCCUCGACACCAGUCGGUCGGUCCCCCCGUUCACCAUCCACGGCCACCAGACCCUGGGUUCGUGACAUGACGGCCGUAGGGAGCCUCCCUCUUGACACGUCGCUAUUCGGGAGGACGGAUAUCGACCCGGAGUCCGUACGUCGGGUCACAGUGCACACUGCACAACAGCAGCCAGGUUUGGGUGGGGCUGACACCAGGAGGGGUGCGCCGAGGGAGGUCAUGGCGGCAGUAUCUCAGCCGCGAGAUGUUCGCGGGGUUGGACAGGCCGGGUGUACCUUGCAGGCCGCUUUGGCAGCAGCAGCACGUGCUGUGUGUGAGCAGACAUCGCGCAGGAGCGGAGUCGCUCGUACGAGUUCCAUGCCUCAGAUGAUGCCUGCCACGGGGGAUGCCGCGUUGGAGGAGUCUUCUAGAGCCGAGGGGUUGGAGAUGUCGCGCGGUUAUCGUUGUGAGAAGACAGUCGCAGAGGUAACUCAGGUGAGUGCUAGGCUUGUUCGGGUGAGGACGGGGGCUGCCCAUGUGACCGUGGUGGAGGACGAUCCCGAGAUGGAGCCUACACGUGAGGAGGCCCCACAGGAGGGUGACGAGUACAGGGACGACGAGGAGCGUGAGGAGGAGGAGAGCGACAGCGGGGAUGAUGACAGCUACCACGACGACGACGACGAACCCUCCCCUCUAUCGCGGCAUGGUUCUCGUAGACGACGUGGCUCUCCUAGAGGACAUGAUGACGUAGACGACCCGUCCCCUCCAGGGCGGCGGGAGACGAGGAGGAGGAGGAGGCGAGGGUCAUCCGUUGCGACAGCGCCGGGGCGAGGGAGUGUUUCGUCGACACGCAACACGAGUGGGGCGAGGCAGAGAGGCAGUGGUAAGGGGAAGGGAAGUCGACGGUAUUGACAGCUUCGUUCCCCUUCCAGUGCUUCGACGA